UGGAAACCCUGGUGGUGUAGUGGUUAAAUGCUAUGGCUGCUAACCAAAAGGUUAGCAGUUCGAAUCCACCAGGCACUCCUUGGAAACUCUACUGGGCAGCUCUACUCUGUCCUAUAGGGUCUGUACGAGAGAAUAUUAGAGGGUGGUUUUUUGUUUUAUUUUUCUCUGUAUCGUCUUUGCUUUCUAUUAGCCGUUUUCUUUUUUUCUAUUGGUUUGGGGUGGGGGUCUUUCAUGUUAGAGACUUGCUUCAGUUAUCUGUGAUCUUUGGCUCUCCAUUUAUAUUUAACAGUAAGACUAACAGCCGCUUGGAAGCAUUGUAUGUAUGGGAGAAUUUGUCGACUGGUGAGUUUUGCUCUAGGGUGAAUAGACAGGGGACCCCCCUUUUUGGAAUGCUCAAGUAACACACUCUUUCUCUGAAACUUUAAAUUUUUUUCCAGAGAAGAUUAUCUUCUGGUUUCUCUGAGAAGUGGAGAGCAUGUGUGUAUUUGUGGUGUGAAUGCUUAGCUACAGGAGCCCAAGGAAGGGGAAAAGAGCUUGACAUUAAGUGAAUCAAUUUGUAAACUUUCACUUAAUCUUUCUGCUUUCAGGCCCAACCCUCUACUGAGUCUACAUACCCAAAUCCAGAGCUUUCCUGGUUAGCUUUCUUCAACUCCCAUUGAGUGGCACAGAUUAGGGAGAGGCUUCAGGCCGCAACCAGGCUGUAUACAGACUGGCAGUGAAUCCUCCUUCCACUUCCAAAUGGUGUGUGUCUCAGAGAUUCUGCUAGGUAAUUGGUUAGUUACUUAGGUUAUUACUUUCUCUGCUGUCUUUCAAAUAUUUACUGAAAUCUCUCUUCUGCUCGUGUCUCUAUACUUACUCAUUUAUAUUUACGAGUUAACUGAUUACUUUUUUUGUUUUACUCUUUUAUUUUUAUUUUAGUGGGGAUUUGGGAAAGGAAAGCAGAUGUGGCCAAUCUGCAUUCUUAAUUGGACACCUUUGUAGUGUAUUUCCAAGGGCAUCCAAUUAAAAGUCAAAUCCUCUUUUCCAGGUUAUUCUCUGGGAUGAGCUUUGCAAUCAUUUUGUCAAUUAAAUAAAGAUAGUUUUAAAAACUUACAUUUUAUACAUUCUUGUUUAAUUAUAGGUUCUGUGUAAUAAUAAUUAUAAUAAUUCCUUAUACUUUAUGGUUUUCAAAGCAGUUUUACAUGUGUUAUCCCAUUUGAUCUUCAUAACAUGAGAGACUGCAUUUGGAGACACCAGGCAUAGCAGAAGGCUGGGGGAGGCGUCCUGAAAUUUGUGGUAAAAUUGGCAAUAGAAUUCUAAGCUUCGUAGGGGAUUAGUUUUAAUAUCAUUUUUUGACCUAAGAAUUUAGUGUUUGAUACUUUAUCAAGAACAUUUGACAUACAAUUUUCUCAUCCAUUCUUUCAAAAAACUAAAAUAAUAUUUUAUUUUCUGGUUCAGUUUUUCUCUCUGAUAAUGUUUAUAUUUUGAAUGUCUUGCUGAUUUAUCAACAUUUUUAAGUCUUAUUUUCUAAUUAUUUAAAUACUGUUUGUUCUUUCUGAAAUUAUAAAUCAAAAUUAAUAUAUCUGUCAUGCAUUGAAUUGUGUCCCAAAAAAAUAUGUAUAUCAGUUUGGCCAAGCCAUGAUUCCCCGUAUUGUAUGAUUGUCCACUAUUUUGUCAUCUAUGUGAUUUUCCUGUGUGUUGUACGUUCUGUCAUGUUAAUGAGAUGGAUUAGUGGCAGUUAUGUUGAUAAGAUCUACAGGAUUAGAUUGUGUCUUAAGCCAAUCUCUUUUGAGAUAUAAAAGAGAGAAGCGAGCAGAGAGACAUGGGGAUGCCAUGCCACCAAGAAAGAAGAGCCAGGAGCAGAACACUUCCUUUGGACCCAGGUUUCCUGUGCAGAGAAACACCUAGACCAAGGGAAGAUUGAUGACCAGAAUCUUCCUCCAGAGUCGACAGAGAGAUAACCUUUCCCAGGAGCUGGUGCCCUGAAUUUGGACUUGUAGCCUACUAGACUGUGAAACAAUAAAUUUCUCUUUGUUAAAGCCAUCCGCUUAUGGUAUUUCUGUUAUAGUAACACUAGGUAACUAAUACUGUAUAUCAUUUUUUUCCUGUUUCUUAAAAGUACAGGUUGUAAUUAUAGCAUAAAUUCAGACCAAACAGAGCAAGCAUUAACAUGUUUGGCUAUUAACAUUAAUAAUCUAUUUAGUAUCUUUUUUAGUUUGUCAAUUAGAUUAAACAUUGACUAAAUAGAUUCUUACUAUGGAAAAUACUUUUGAAGAAGUUUAAUUUUAGUCUGUUUCUUGUAGUCACUCCAUGGAUUCCUUUGGGCAACCCAGAUCAGAAGAUAACCAGUCAGUAGUCAGCAGAAUGCAAAAGAAAUACUGGAAAACUAAACAGGUCUUUAUCAAAGCAACAGGAAAAAAAGAGGAUGAGCAUGUCGUGGCGUCUGAUGCUGAACUGGAUGCGAAACUUGAGGUUUUUCACUCCAUUCAAGAGACCUGCACUGAACUUUUGAAGAUAGUUGAAAAAUAUCAGCUAAGACUCAAUGUUAUAUCGGAGGAAGAAAAUGAGCUAGGGCUCUUUUUAAAGUUUCAAGCAGAACGGGAUGUAACUCAAGCUGGCAAAAUGAUGGAUGCCACUGGCAAGGCACUGUGUUCUUCAGCCAAGCAAAGAUUAGCCCUGUAUAUGCCCCUGUCUCGUCUUAAACAAGAAGUGGAAACAUUCAGUCAAAGGGCAGUGUCUGACACCUUGAUGACAAUUAACCGGAUGGAACAGGCACGCACAGAAUACAGAGGAGCUCUGCUGUGGAUGAAAGAUGUAUCCCAAGAACUGGACCCAGACACCUUAAAACAAAUGGAAAAGUUCAGAAAAGUAUAAAAAUAUAUUCUUUUCCUUUUCUUGAUACCUGAAUCACUGGAACUGCCAAAGAAUAAUCAAGAUCAUAAAAUGGCAGACUAUUUUGGGGAAAUAUAUGUUAGAUUAGAAAUUCUCGAUUGCUUUAAGAUCUUGGGUUGAAGGACAAAAUGUUGCUGCAUGUUUUUAUUCUUUUCCCCACCCCAUCAGCCUCUUUUAUUAAUCUCUUCAUCCUUCUCCUAAUAGAUCUAAGCUCUUAAAAUGUUGCUUACCUGGAGUUUUAGG